CCUCGAUGCACGAUGACGCCUGAGAUAGGCACAGGCUCCCCGUGACCCGAGAAGUUCGGAUAAGCGGUAGGAAAUGACUUAAAAUGAAUGAAUGAAUGUUACACCGCAGCGCCACCUGGUGGCUCCGGGAUUUAUUACAGCUACUUAGAGUAGGACAACAUCCGCAAAAAGCGUCCAGUGUUUCACGCUUCGUUUUUAGUGCAUUGUUCGUGUUUUUAUAGCUCACUGAAUUCCCCAGAACAAAGAGUAAAGACGCGUUAUUUAAGAGCUUAUGUCUCUGCUUCCUUUUUUUGUGUAUGGAAGCGGAACUAAAUCUAUGACACCAGUUUCAAGACGGAACAUUUAGUAAGCGGGACAAUGUUUACAAGCCUGUAAUGAUCGGUAUUAUGUUUAAGGAUAUGAAUAAAGCUUGGUUUGGGUUUUUACUUUCUCUUUUAUUAAUGUAGCCUAUAGACUCAACAUCGGCUGUUGAGAAGUCGUGAGUAAGUGUUUGUUUUACAGCAGUGAAGACUGUAAACAUUACAAUGACAUCUAAACCCACGUGUCUUAUUGUGGUCAGUGCGACACUUCAAGGAGUGUCAGCUCGUUCCUUCCAGCAGUGUUUCUCUCUCUGUAGCCCUGUGUUUAACAUACAAACAGCUUCACCUGGGGGCAAAACUAUUGACUUCGUCGGGAUUGAUGACAUCUGUGCUGGAUGGGUUCAGGAUUUCAGUGUGAAACCUUACUCCACUCCAGCAAAACUGGAAUCUAUUGAUGGUGCCCGAUACCAGGCUCUCCUGAUCCCAGACUGCCCAGGAGCUCUAAAGGAUCUCGCUCACAGUGGCUCACUGGCACGCAUCCUCACACACUUCAGCUCUCACAAGAAGCCUGUGUGUGCUGUGGGACAGGGGGUUUCUGCACUUUGCUGUGCCGUAGACGGACAGAAAUGGAUAUUUAGUGGAUACAGCCUGACUGGACCCUCUGUGUUUGAGCUGGUGCGCUCCCCAGAUUUUGCCAACCUUCCUAUGAUCGUGGAAGACUUUGUGAAAGACAAUGGAGGCUCCUACACAGCCAGUAAAGAGGACGCACUGCAUGUGGUCCUGGACCGCUACCUAGUGACUGGUCAGAAUAUUCAGUCUACCACAGCUGCAGUCAACAACCUGAUCCUGCUGAUUAACAGCAGGUAAAAUCCUUUGCCUGUUCAGAUGCACAGCAGUGUCGACCCACGACACCGGAAUACUUUGGUGGGAAACCAAUCACCUUAAAACAUUCUCGAUUUUGCAAUCAAUUUGUCUUCAUAUUUAUCAAUAUGCUCUAAAAUGAAUCUACACUGGAGCUAAAGAAUGGGAGACUGGGAUCCCGACGAAUUUAAAAUUCAGUUUGUGAAGUUAUGAACGAUUUGUAGGGGUCAAGUUGCUAAAAAUCUAUAGAAAGUUAACUGAAAAGUGAUCUCUCAGUCUUAAAUUUGAUCUGCCCAGUAAUUGGCGACAAUUCAUACGUUUAGCUACGGCACGGUAGCGUCAGUAUGAAGCCGUGUAAAGCCGUUUCCAUUUCUUUCAAAUAUUGCAAUAAUUCAUCACUGUAGGUUUGUAAUUAUGGUGAAUCUUCUUUUUCCCUUUGGCCUUAAAGAUUAUUUUUUAUUUUUUUAUCUGUAUACAUUUGCCUCAAGUAUGAACUACUUCCUGUUCAUUUCUCACAGGAAGUCAUGUGAGCUUUCUGUAAAACAUAGAUUUUUUUUUUACUAUAUGUCAUUAAAUAUCCUCAGUGUUGGCAUGGAUAACGCUAUGUGUUCAAAGGAGUGUGGAUACAUAGAGAAGAGCCCAAUGAAGUUCAUAUCAGCAUGUGAAAGUUUCUGUGAAGGUGAUUCAGUGUCGAUGUGAGCCUGAAACCUGUGUCUGUGUGAUUACAUCAUUACGUACAGCACUGUACACGUUCCUGCGCUUGAAUGAAUGCUAUUAAAACAGUCAUUGAUUUCUUUAUACAAAA